ACUCUUCUCAAAAUUUAUGUUCACCUUCGCUUCUCCUAUAAAUACCCCAUCUUGUCGAACUUUUUUCACCCAGUUCAAUGCCGAGUGGUCUUAAGAUUCGCCAUAACUCCAAGAUGACCAGAAAUUCAUCUUCAUUUUUUGCAUUCCUUCUACUCGCCUUCGUUUUAUGUAUCUCAGAAAUCACGACCGUUAUGGGGAAAUUAUGCGAAAAGCCUAGCAAGACAUGGUUUGGGAAGUGUAAAGACACACAACUAUGCGACAAGCAGUGCAUAGAGUGGGAGGGUGCAGAACAUGGAGCUUGUCAUCAACGCGAAGCGAAAUACAUGUGCUUUUGCUACUCCAAAUGUGAGGCCAAGGCGUCUCCUACUCCUCCCUCUACUGCUCCUCCUGAAAACGGGGCACCCACUCCAACUUUUCCCGGACCUCCGGCAGGAGAAGGCGGACAACCACCUCCGGCAGAAGGUCAACCACCUCCUGCAGAAGGAGGUCAACCACCUCCAAGCAUUUGAUACAAUCUAUUCAUUUUCCUCUAAUACAAAGCCUUAUAUGACUAUGAAUAUGGAGGAAAUGCUUCCUAACAAACAUAUGAGUGUUUUAUAAUCUGCAAUUGUGUUGUGCCGAUAAUAUAUAACAUAUGUUUCCCGUACAUAAUUAUUUCUCUGACAUCAUAAAUUUUAAGCACCUCCUAAGAUUGAAUAGAGGAAUUGAAAUUUAUGUGAUUCAGCAUUUGGUCUUCUUUUUCUAUCGUUUACAAUGUUGAAAAAGAAUCUUUAAAAUAAAGAUAAUGAAAGUGUCAGGUCUCUUGUCGUGAGAACAACGAAAGAGAAAAACAAAGAAUAACAAGUAUUAAUGGAGGGUAUUUUAGGUCAUGUUUUCUGCUGUG